AUGGAAGCUCUCAUGGGUUCUAUCAAAUUCCAUAUUCCUCAACUGGGUUUCAAGCAAAACUACCCAGAACCCCACCUACGCUAUCGUUUGGCGUUACCUUCUUCUUCUUCAACCCCAAGCCACAUCGUCUGUGGCCUCAGAGGGGGACCAAGAAAGCCUUUAUGGAGGUCAAGGGUGCUCUCAACUGAAGCCAUUCAGGCAGUUCAGUCUCUAAAGCUUUCCAAAUCAAACCCAUCAAAGCUCGAGCAGGUUAUGGGCGGUAGGCUCUCCAGGCUCUUGAAAGCUGACUUGUUAGACGCCUUGGCUGAGUUACAGAGACAAAAUGAAGUGGAAUUAGCGCUCAAGGUCUUCAAAUUUGUGCGGGAGGAAGUAUGGUAUAAGCCAGAUCUAUCAUUAUACUGUAGCAUGAUCCUAUUGUUGGGAAAGAACAAACUGAUUGAAAUGGCUGAAGAGCUUUUCUCUGGAUUAAAGGAAGAAGGAUUAGAAUAUGACACUAGGGCUUUUACUGAGAUGAUUGGAGCUUAUAUACAAGUGGGUAUGACCGAAAAGGCAAUGGAAACAUAUGAGUUGAUGAAGGCAUCAGGUUGUGCGCCAGAUAAAUUAACGUUUACAAUAUUGAUUAGAAACCUUGAGAAGGUUGGAGAAGAAGAAUUGGCGGCUGACGUAAAGAAAGAUUGUGCUGAAUAUGUAGAUUCUCCUGAGAAAUUCUUUGAAGAAGUUGAAAGAAAACAUGUAAGUGUUCAAAUAUUUAUGUUCUGA